CCCACUUCCCUUCCCCACUGGAAAACGCCACAUCUGACAGGGAGGGCGAGACAGAUACAUCCACAGGGGAGUGUGAACACCGACCUCAAGAUGCUGGCACUAAUAAACCGGCUUCUGGACUGGUUGAAGUCUCUGUUUUGGAAGGAGGAGAUGGAGCUGACACUGGUCGGCCUCCAGUACUCGGGAAAAACAACAUUUGUAAACGUGAUCGCUUCUGGGCAUUUCAGUGAAGACAUGAUCCCUACAGUCGGGUUCAACAUGAGGAAGGUCACCAAAGGAAACGUCACCAUCAAGAUCUGGGAUAUAGGAGGGCAGCCAAGGUUCAGGAGCAUGUGGGAGAGGUACUGUCGGGGAGUUAAUGCAAUCGUGUACAUGGUUGAUGCAGCAGAUCGAGAAAAGGUGGAGGCAUCUAGAAAUGAGCUUCAUAAUUUACUAGACAAACCUCAGUUGCAAGGAAUUCCUGUUUUGGUACUCGGUAACAAAAGGGAUCUCCCCAGUGCUCUAGAUGAAAAGCAGCUCAUUGAGAAAAUGAAUCUGGCAGCUAUUCAGGACAGAGAGAUUUGCUGCUACUCGAUUUCCUGCAAAGAGAAAGACAACAUUGAUAUCACACUUCAGUGGCUCAUCCAGCACUCAAAAUCCAGGAGGAGCUGAAAAUUGAAGAGUUGUUUUCCCGCUGUGUUUGCCAUGUUGCUGUAAUGCCACACCCCCCAUCACUCUGUAAUGAUCUACAGUCGUAUCUUCAACUCACAUGCUGCUCUGUUCUGCUCGUGUCACACAAUCCCCCCCUUUUCACCCUGUGAUUCUUUCACAAACCCUUAGCAACGCACUACUACAAAUGUGAUUCUGAUACCAAAUUUUAAGGAAUGUAAUUGGCAUUAUACGUCUUGUAAAGCUGUACUUUAACUUGGAGUAAGAACCUAAUUUCUGAUCUACCUUUUACCAUUCAGGCAUUACCCGGUUGAUGAUACCCAGUGGUUUUUAACAAUAAUCUUGGGUAUACACCCUCUUGAAGAUGGGUCGAUUCUUUCAAACAGGCCUCAUGUAAUGAGAAAUGUUCUUCACACAGUCAGAUAUGAUGCCAGGAGAUGACUGAUGUGGACAUGCAGGUUUUCCCAUUUCUGUCGAGCUCUGCUUUGUGAUUGUCUUUGACUGUCACCUUUCGCUUGAUCAGGUUUUCUUCUUUCAAAGACUCGUCUAUUGUUUUAGAAAAUUGUGCAUUUAAGCAAGUCAAUUGAAGCAGGUCUGUACAAAUAUCAAGCUAGUAUGAUUUUUACUGAUGUGAGAUGUGCGUGUAUGAAUAUAUGAUUCUAUUUAAAGUCUGAAUGUACUAAAAGUAAAGCUGUACGGCAUAUUGGCCUCUGUUUGUAAGUAGCCUAAGUGGAAUGAUGUUGUGCUGCCUCGAGGCUGAGAGAGUGGCAGAAUUCAAAGUGCCUUGUACAAUGUCUCUCACCUCUGAAGCAAAGCAGCGUGCAAGGUGUGCCUACCUGGGUAGAAUGAAAAAAAAAAAACCACCACUUCAAUAUAUUCAAGAAAUAAAAAGGCAUGCUUUUUAAUUUA